AUGACAAGCAGUUUACUACUAGUCUCAUGUAUCGAUCUAUCUGGUACUUUUCAACAAAAGGAUAUACAUCGUUUUACUCAACUCUUGUCAAAUCAUUUAUUAUAUGAUCAUUUCGAUAAAGCCUAUUUUCAAUUAUCAAAAAAGAUAUCAUAUCAAUUUCGAGACGUUAUUCAUGUUAGAAUAAAAACGAUAGCAACAAGUAACGAUGAUGAUUCGGUUACUGAUGAUGCAGUGACCACUCCUUCUUCUUCUGUUCUUAUUCAACCAUCUAUUGUAGACGUACAGAUAUUAAAAAAGCAAUUAAAAGGAGCAGUCGGUUCUUUCAUAGAAGAUAAGCUACCUACGAUUUUAGCAAAUCGAUAUAAUACGACGAUUGUGCAACAUUAUUUAGAAGAUUUAAUCUAUCAAUAUUGUCCACAGAGGCCUAUUUUAUAUCAUUGUCUUUUAGAUAAUCAAAAGUCUAUUUUAAGGGAAAUUCAAAUGUUUAUAACAAAUGAAUUGCAAUCUAUACUAUUUAAAAUAAAUGAGGUUGAUUUACCAAAAUUAUUUGAAAAGACAAGAGCUCAGAUUCAAGGGAUCCUUGUUCAUUUCAAUCAGCAUACAAUGGAUCAAAGACAUCAUCGUUUAGAGUUAAAGAUUAAAGAAGAAUCUCGACUAGAUACAAAUCAUCAUGUCAGUUAUUAUACUCGCAACUGGAUAACACCAGAAAUGAUACAUGAAUUUAUCUCUAUUGUAAAUCAUACAGAACUUGAAGAUGGAUAUACAAUUCAACAUUUUAUAGGCUUAUCCACCAUGUAA